AUGUCGGUCCAGGUCCAGAGUUACGCCGAGGGCAUAGUGGUUCUCCUGUGUGACUUUGGGCCCUUUGGCCAGUACGCUUUUGCAUUGAAUAUAGCGGAUAACAGAUCCUCCAUUCUCUUGGGGAACAAUGGCCAUCCUCGCGUCCUCUUAUGUACGCGAAUCCGCUCCAGUAACAAGCUUUUCGUCAGGAACAAUGACCACUUUAUGGUCUUGGGCUGGCACUCGGCGACCGGCAGCCACAACCACGAAUGGCUACUGGAUGUCUACAGUCUCUACAGUCUGGACACGGGCGAUGCUAUGAAGGCCCGGCCGCUGCAGCUGCCGGAUUUCUACGGCUCCGAGAUAGGGUCCACGGUCUGCUUCACCAUCCACCAGGGCGAAUUCUACGCGAUCACGAGCCAGACGAACUGCGAGAGCGAGGAGGUCGACUGGACGAGCUACUACCACGUUGUCAAGUUCCGGCUGGACGACCCAGACCCGGAACUGACUAUCAAGCUCAUCUGGCGGAGACAGCACCUCGAGGCCCCCAUCAACGAUGCCUGGAACGACCUGGGCUUCCAGAUCGACCGCUCGACGGGCGAGCUCCUGGUGGUCGAGGAGAGGAAGGAGUGGCUCAACGGCGGCAGCCGGUCCAUCAGGACGUACUACACGCAACCCAUCGGCCGCGCGGACUUUAAGGACCUGAAGGAAGGGCUGCGGCAUCCGCCUAACGAUCGCCUCAGCGUCACACUCGACGAGCACAGUAACAGUCGAUGCGAGGAGCCUAUAGUGCGUGCAGAUAGAUACGUUCAGGCCGAGUUCCAAGCAGAUGCGAGUGAGGAGCAGACGGCUAAAGAAUACAUCCGAUCCCGGACCAAGUGGAACGGAUACUCGUUCAACGCGCAGGCUUUUAUCGAUCUCGUGACGGACGAGGCGGUCAUGGAAGGCGAAUGGCGGCCCCGGCAACGCAUCAAGUUACGCGUGGUCAGCAGGCAGGAACUCAGUCCUCUGGUGCGAGACGCGACGAACGGGGGUUCUGUAGCUUUGGUGCUUCGCAAGCGCACACGGAAUCGCGAGGGCCAGGAGAUGGAGGACGGAGAGCGAGCCUUCACACCGAGCACCGUCUCUCUUUGGCCCCCGGACGACGCACCCCAGGGUUUGGACGCAAUCCUCUGCCCCGAGGGUCGAGCCGGAGACGUCAAAGCCAUGCUGGGAGACGAGGGCAUCGUAUACAUGGCCGGUCCGCCUCGCGAGCCGGGGUCGGCGGAGCGGGCUCUGGUCUUUGUCUGCUUCGACCCGACCUUCGGGUUCCAGGGGAUGCAGCGGCUCGAUGGGAGGUCGGCCGUGCCGAAAUCGGAAAGGAAGAGAAAGAUGGAGUGCUACGAAUAUGACGAGACACAGCAUACUGUCCAUUUGGGCGGCCAGGACCAGCGCCAGAGCCAGGGAAUUGACGUCGAUCUCACGGAUCCCACGGAGAGGCAGAAGCUGGAAGCCCGAGAUGUGGGGGAUUCAACUUCUUCCCCGUCUAGGAGCGACGAGCCGGAAAUCACCGCCGGCGGGCAACGAAAUAAAGCCAUUCGGCGGCUGCACCAGCUCGCGAAAACAUCCGCAAUCACCGAGAGACAGUUCGUCAGCACCCAGGCUACCAGAAUGAACUUCUCACAACCUUUCGAAGAGGAGCGACUUCCGUGGUACGACUCAGAUCAAUUUUAUCCCGUGCGCAUCGGCGAGAUAUUCCACUCCAAAUAUAAAGUGGUGGGGAAGCUCGGGUACGGUGCGCACUCUACAGUUUGGCUUUGCCGAAACAUGAAAGCUACUGGCUUUGUGGCCAUAAAAGUCUGCACCCGAGAAGUUGCCAAAUCCCCACGCAUUCAUCGAGAGCUGCAAUUUUACGAGCAUGUCAGCUCCCUCAAUUCGGAGCAUUAUGGCCAAGCUUACAUUCGUGGCCUCUUUGAGACAUUCACAAUUAACGGUCCCACCGGUCAACACUUGUGCCUAGUCCACCCCCCGAUGCACAUGACUAUUCGAGAACUUCAGCACCAAAAUCCGUCCCAUCGGCUCAAUGAGCAGAUUUUGAAGUGGACUCUGUUCAAUUUACUCAGCGCGCUUUCCUUUCUACAUGAUGAAGCUAAGGUGACACAUACAGGUAACUUAUUGUGGCCACGAUAUCCCGUCGACCUUUGUGACAGAGCAGGCGAUGAAGCGACUGCACGGGCCGAUAUCAUGUCCAUCAUUGCGGGCGAAUCGAGGAAAAAGCAUUAUUACGCGUCCGACCGCCUAUUCAACCACCUGAAGCCGCUCGCCGACGACCUACCCCAACCCAAACCAGACUUGUAUGACGGCGCUUUUCCCCAACAAAUCGAUCGGAGAGUCCGCCGUGAUCUCGGAAAGCACAUUGUCCCAUGCAACAACACCUCUCUGCCGGCAGCGCCAAACUUUUUCCUGGAGGGAAAGAGUGAGGGUGGGCGUGCCGACGUCGCCAAGCGGCAAGCCUGUCACGACGGGGCGAUCGGCGCCCGAGUGAUGCACAGUCUCCAGAAUUACCAAUCGGCAGAACCCAUAUACGACGGCAACGCCUACAGUUUCUCGGCCACUUACCACCAAGGCACCGCAACGCUACAACUCUAUGCUCACCAUCUGACGCCGCCCAAGGCGCCUGGAGAACCUCCCGAGUGUCAUAUGAGUCAGCUGAAGGGAUUUCAAAUGACCAGCGAUAGGGAAACAUUUGUGAAGGGAGCCGGUGGUUUCCGCUACAACCGGGAUCGGGCCAAAACCGAUCGAGACAAUUUCAUCGAUCACGCAAACCAGAUAGCCCGACGGGCACCUGCGGAAACUCCGUCAACCACAUUGACGGACAGCCGUACGUCCCUGUCAGUGCUCCAAGAAGACGAAUCUGAUACUUCUGCCGAUGAACUCGUUGCCGAACAAACGACUGCCAAACGCACGAGACAUGCUACUGUGGAGCAAUCAAGGCAUGCCGCUAUGCCACCAGCAGCGGCGUCCUACUCCGCCAGACACCUCAGUAUCAUCUCUCGGCAACCAACGACGAGCGCACACUAUGUGCAAUCCAGUGCACGUUCGGGGCAAGCACUUGAGGGUGGAAAAAGUCGGAGGCAAAUCAGGCCUACGCGGAAGGUCCUGGAUAACACUUACACCGAUAGUAUACGUUAG